AUGCUUCGAUCACUCCUGGAUUCGGUGCUUGAAGGUCCGACUGCGCAAGCUCGCGUACCGCCGCACCUUCUGGCCAAACGCGAACUACCUCCUGGCAACUGGUCAAACAUCUAUGUCAUGUAUUUGGCUGCUUGCAAAAGCAAGAAGAUCGAAGCUGCGUCCCUCCGAACGUUUUACACAGUUGUCAAGACUUGGAAGCCGUGUUUGAAAUUUCGGAAAAAAUCAACACAUUCCACGUGUUUUGAGUGUGACAAGAUUCGGGCCAAGAUGAGACAUGCUAAAAGCUUUUGGGAGCACGCGUCGGCCGCGGACGAGCUGUUGGGCCACCUCACUCUCACAUGGCGAUGCCGGCAAGAGUAUUGGGCUGCCCGGGCCCAAUCCCGUUUGCGCGAGAACUUGCUCACUUUGAUUAUUGAUGGUUUUGAUAAGUCCAAACCAGUGCUACCAAGAUGGGGGCGUGGCAGAACGCCCAAAAGCACCAUCUUUGAGAAACACAACCGCCCGCACGUCAACAUCAGCGCUGUUUAUGCGCAUGGCUACUGUUGCAAUGUGUUCUUGAGUGAUGAGUACAUGAGCGUGGGCGGAAAUUACUCCUGGGAAACGAUGAUGGUCACAAUAAAUGAAUGCUGGAAGCUUUGCCGCGACAAGAACCAGUCAUUGCCGGCAGCGCUUUGGAUCCAAGCCGACAACACGGUCAAGGAGAUCAAAAAUUCUCUGAGCGGCCGUGUGUGCAGUGCCUUAGUGCAGAGCGGUGUAUUCCAAGAAGCAGGGCUAUUCGAGGAGAAAAUGACCCCGACGUUCGAAGCGCGUGGCGAGACCUUCAAUGUGUUUAUCAUCGACACAGUUCGACCGUGGAGCGACAUUUUGCCCCAACCCGUGACUCUUUCCGGCGCCUAUCGCCCUCGAGACGAGAGUGACUCCUCGCAGAUUCCACACAGUUUCCUCUUCAAGAAACGGGCAG